UUCUUGUACUCGGUUUUUAAGAGACUGCAUUUGGGAUCCCUCCUCUUGGCAUCAGAAGCUGGCUGUGGAUGGCAGAUGGAGGGUGUUUCCAAGUAAGCAACUAGGGCAGGAGCAGAAUUAAAUGGUGCUGUUGGAUCUGGGCAUAUAAAGGUAUUGUGCAUGGCUGACAAAGAAGCAGGAAGUCCUGUGUGUGAGUGGAUGGGUGUACUUAGUGCAGACUCUCCUUUUGGUCACUGUAGCACGUUGUUGAUGCACUUGGAUUAAGUAGUACAUUGGGGCUUUUUUAAUGAUUUGGUUUCGCCUCUGGGAUUAGCAGCCAAUGAAGUAGCUGUUGAUUUAUUCCGUUUGCUUUUUAACAAAGGUUUAAGAAGUCCAGGAAUCUUUGUGAAUGUUUCAGCGUCACUGACCAGCCUUGCAAUGUGUUUCUUUUCAGAAGAACUCCUGCAAACUGUCAGUCUCAUUGCAGCUCAGGAUCUUACCCAUCUCUUGAGUCACACACAGCAUCCAAGCCUUCAGGCUGUGACGGUCCUGAGAGCUGCCUAGAGCAGGAGCAUAACACUGGCUUGAAGCUGAGGGGAGCAGGAUGUCUCAAGAGAAUCUUUUGAGCCUGGAUGAGGGAGCCCUCCGGAAACUGCUGGAGGCCACACUGGACCUUGCUGAACGGCGCCAGAUCCGCUCUGCCAUUCGGGAGCUGCGGCGGCAGCAGCUGGAACAGGAUGAGGGGACGUUGGCAUCCAAGCGCUUCCGAUCUGAACGUGGCAGCCACCGACAGGAGAACAAAGAGAACUGGCUGCGGUCUCAGCAGCUAGAAGAGGAGCAGCAGAAAUCCCUGGCUCUGUUGUCAAGGAAGCUUGAAUCCAUCACAGAUCUGGAGGAGCUGACAGCCUUGUUGCGAGGAGCUGGCGAGUAUGAAGAGCGCAAGCUGAUUCGGGCUGCUAUCCGGAAGCUGCGGGCUGAGGAGAUUGAGGCUGCAGCCUUGGCAGGGCAGGUGUACAGCAGCCGGAGAGGUGAUGACGAGCUGCUGGGUGCCAAGGGGAAAGAGAGUGCAGAUGGGGGCUACUCUGUGAUUCAGGAACUAGAGAACCUGGAGGAGCAGGAGAAGAUCCGAGCUCAGAUCGGGGAACCGCACAGUGAACAGAGAAGAGAACCCCAGAACCCUGAUGGCCAGGAUACAGCCUCAGGGACUCUACUACUACUGGAUCCACUUCCUAACCAGCAUCCCUCAAGCUCUUCCUUGUCCUUGGAGCCAGAGCUGGAGCCAGAGUCUCAGCAGAGAGCUGAGAGUCCAAAGUGCAGCUCUCAGGGCACUGACUCUGAGCCUGAGGCUGAGCAAUCCUGCAAAUCCACCUGGAAGGAGGAGAGUCUGGAGAGCUCCUCUACCAUGAGGAAGGAUGGGAAGGUGUUCAGCCAGCCAGCAGGAGUCAGUGACAAGACCAGUCAGGAAGAGCCAGAGCAGCAAGGGGUACCUGCUCCCAUAGAAGACAGCCAGGUUGAGAAGUCUUGCCCAAGUCUGUCCAGCACUGCAAGCCAAAGCAGCCAGUUCAUCAUCUGUAUCAAAGACCAGGUGUCCAAAAAACCUGCAGGCAUCACAGACCAGAAGCGAGCAGCAUCUACCCAUGAUGUACCAGGAGCCCCUGCACACCUGGGUACCCGCCAAAGUGAGCACAUGCAGUCCAUGCUGUUCUUCCCUCCCCGAGCCAGCAGCACAGAACCUUUGCGGGAGCAGCCUUUCCAGAGAACCAACUCCGUGCGGGAACGUGCCCGCAAAUUCACCUCAGAGACUCUGGGGCCAUCUUCCCUGGCCAGCCCCAGGCCAGGCAGCCAAAAGUGGGAGAGCAUUGGCAAAGGCUCCCGGGUUCUGCAGCAACAGCAGCACUUCUUGCACCCCGAGAGUGCCAGGGGCUUGCAUGGGGCCUAUGCCCAACACAUGGUAGACUUACCUACAGGUGUUCGAUGUGGACUCAGCCCAGCCCGUGCCGUGCCCUCAGGAGCCAAGGCAGGUGCCCAGCAAGCCAUCAGCCCUGCAGAACAGAGCACCUCCUCUUUGGAGGAAAAAGCUGCAAUUGCCAGGCAUCCCACUGGGCCCCCAGUCUGCCCUAAAGAGGAGGGCAGCUCUAGGAGGAGGGGCCAGGCUGGCCAAUCACAAGGCGGCCUGCUGCCGUCCCCCUGGAGGUCCAUUGAAAACUCGGAGGGAAGCACAAACAGCUCAGAGCAGCCCAGCAUCCAGCAAGUUGUGUUGCCGCCCUGCCGCCCUGCCCAGCCCCAGCUUUCUGCCCCUGACACCAAGGCCAGUGCCAAGGACAAGGACACCAUGAAAACGUGCUUCACCAUUGAGAUCAAGGAUGGCCGAACCCAGCCUGCAAGCAGCUGCAUUGUGGGCAGACCGGGCAGCCAGCAGGCAGAGCUUACUCUGGGGCUGCGGAGCACUCCCAUUCGGAUCACUACUACCACCACCAGCAACAUCAGCAGCACCGGUAAUGCUGGUCCAGCACCUGUACUGCACUCCAGCAGCAUCAGUAAUGUCAGCAAGAUGGACCCUGAGCUGGUGGAGCAGCCCCAGGUGAUGGGGAAGAAACCAGAGCUGUCCAAUGGGAUAGAGAAGGCUCAGGUGAAGGAGCUGGACAAAAGGAGCAAGCUGAGUGCUGAAGAACUGAGCAGAAUUGAGGAUGAAGACAUAUUGGAUAAGAUGUUGGACCAAAGAACAGACUUUGAAGAGCGGCGACUGAUCCGUGCUGCCAUGCGGGAGCUGCGCCAAAGGAAGAGAGAGCAGCGGGAGAAGGAACGGGAUCACCGGCUGCAGGAGAUGAAGAGCCAGCCCACGGCAGGGAGGGCAGGCCAUGCCACUGAGACCACCACCAGGCAAAGCACCCAGUCAGCCGAUGGCUCGGCCCACAGCACCGUCACCAAAACUGAGCGCCUCAUCCAGUCCAAUGAUGGCAGCAAGACUUCUCGUAUGACCACAGUAGAAUCAAGCUAUGUGAAGAGAUCAGAGAAUGGGAGCACAUUUCGCCAGACCAAAUCCUCCUACAGCUCUUCCUCCAAGAAGGUGGGCAGCGUCUUUGACCGUGAGGAUGAGACCACCUCACGGCAGGGCAGUUUAGCUGCACUGGAGAGGCGCCAGGCAGAGAAGAAGAAGGAGCUGAUGAAGGCUCAGAGUCUUCCCAAGACAUCAGCCACACAGGCGCGGAAGGCCAUGAUUGAGAAGCUGGAGAAGGAGAGUGGAGGUGCCUCAAAUCCAGCUGUCUCCCGUGUGGCUGUGCAGCGCACUUCCAGCUUUGGUGUCCCCAAUGCCAGCAGCAUCAAGCAGAUGUUGCUGGACUGGUGCAGAGCAAAGACUCGGGGUUAUGAGCACGUAGACAUCCAGAACUUCUCCUCUAGCUGGAGUGAUGGCAUGGCCUUCUGUGCCCUUGUCCACAACUUCUUCCCUGAGGCCUUUGACUACAGCGAGCUGACACCUCAGAACCGCCGCCACAACUUUGAGGUGGCUUUCUCCUCUGCAGAGAAGCACGCAGAGUGUCCGCAGUUGCUGGACGUGGAGGACAUGGUCCGGAUGCGCGAGCCGGAUUGGAAGUGUGUGUACACAUACAUUCAGGAAUUCUAUCGCUGCCUGGUCCAGAAGGGGCUGGUAAAAACCAAAAAGUCGUAGCCUAUUAACACCCCUGGGAGCGAUGGUGAGAAUCUUCCUGUCAAACUACUGCCCGCACACAUGCACCCGCCUGCCCAUUUGCAGCUUGACAGUGCUUUCAGCAGGAGGGCCCUCAGGGAGCACGACCUUGUGCUGGGAGGAUGGGGGUAUCAGCAGGGUAGGGGGAGCAGCAGAUGUGUGGUAAGGUGUGCGGAUGUGUGGUAGGAGAGGGGGUGAAUCAGGAUCUAAGUCCAGCCUGUGCUCCGUCCCUCCCGAGGUUCAAAGGGGACUAAAUAUGAGGAUUGUUAGCUGCAGGCAGAUUUUUGCUGGGUUUGCCUUUCCAGAAAACACUCCUCAAGCUGGGAGCUUUGUAACAGGGUGGGGAAGAUAUCCUAAUAAGAAGCACCUCAGAGUAGUGUUCACUAGCCAGGGUGAGCCUCCAUGUGAGCCACAGCCUGGGAGUGAGCUGGGUGGCUCUCCCUGACAAAGAAAUGGGUGCUGUGCUCAUAGAUGAUGUGCCAGUGCCUCUAAUUAGAUUUUUCUCCCUUGCUCCCUGAGUCUGGAGGCAGAAUGGGGAUGAGCUGCUAUGAACUGCUGCUUUAAUUACACUUAAGCACUUUGCAGCAGGAACUGUGACUGGAGGCAAGAACAGCACUGCUUGGAUUAUGGAUGAGUCCCAGAGUGACUCCCAGCAGCCCUUAUCCCUGCUCCACCCCCUCCUCCAGGCAGACCUCCAUGAUACACUGAGCUCCCCACAUUCCCAUUGCUUUGUGCUCCCUCUCACUCCCAGAGUGAAGGCUUGGAUGUCCUCCGGCUCAAGUAGGGGGCUGAUGAAGUCAUGAAGUAGCAGUGAGGCUAUUGUGUGCUUGGGGCUUCUCAGAGACCAAAGCCUUUGCAUCCUGUGAAAGGCAGUAGUAUGUUUUCUGUACCCCCAUUCCCGUCUGCCACUGCCAUAGUCUUUUGCUGUAGGUCCCUGAGGUCUGUGACCUCCAGCACUGGAACCUGCCUCAGAGGAACUGGUCAGCACCUAUGUAAGAGCAGCUGAACAGAGUAACACUGUGAGAUCCAGCUCAGGGACCAAGCAUGCUGACUGUGAGGUGCCUCCUAGUCAUAUAUGGUCAGGAGAGUGAGCAGGGAGUCUGGAAAGUGUGACUCAGGCACUUCCAUCUUGCUGUCUUUUUGGUAAUGUUUGUGCCUUUCUUCAGAGGCAUCCCUACUUACAGUGGAGCCUCCUCCCCCAGGACACUGGCUCCACACUGCUCUGAGCAAGCUGAAGAAUAAACAAUGCCUUUAUAAGGACAGGGAUUGUCUCCUUAAGGUUGUCUCAGCUUUUCCAUCACACACCUGACUGGGGCUGACUGCACUGGGGUGUACUUCACUGCCUCUGCCCUUAGACAACCUGAGUUAGCAUUUCCAAAGAUGCUGAGCACUGACAGGCCGGAGGUGUUUGCUGUGGACUCCUAGGCUCCAAGCCAGUUGUAGCUCACAGACCCACUCUGGUGUUUGGAGUACGUAAUUUCUGCUGUUUGUCUCACUGAGAAGGGGCCAAGGGUUGGGAUAGUGAGGGGCUGUGCUUCAAAACUUAAGGGUGCUGGCAGAGCAGGGAUAGUCGGCACUAGGGUUGGGGACUCAAUUGCAUUAAAAGAACCAUGUAGAGGUCCCAGAGUGAAGCAGGUGUAUCAGCAGAAUUCUUUGGGACAGUGAGUCCAGAACUGGAAUAGCAGGGGGCUGUACAGGAGGGCCACUGGCCCUGCCAGAGGUUCAGUGGAUAUGGCAAGACGGCAGAAGCUACCACAGAAUCUGCUGCGUGGGACUGGUGUUCCUGUCCAUACCCUGCAGCUCCCUCUUUCCAAGCAUUUUCAGAAGGGGUCUGAUGUCUGGUUUUAGGUGGUGGUGGUGGUGACAGGGUGUAACAUACUGAUCCUUGCUGUUUCCUUCUCCAGCAAAUUCCACACAAGGGUCUUGUUGCUCCCUAGCUGCAGGCAAUAUGCAUCAGCCCCUGUUACACACCAGGUGUGUGAGCUGCCUAAGGAUACCCAUCUAGUUGAGAUCAGCAUGAGGCAGAGACUGCUCCCUUAAUUCUUGCCCCUUCUUGGCAGUUUGUGCAUCAGCUCUCUCAUUCCUGUGUAGAGCUCCCAAGGUCCAACUGGAGCAGAUGGGACUGACCAGAGACCUCUGCAGCCCAGAGCACUGCAUUACCAAAUGAUCUCUGCCCCAGCCCAAGGCCCUGGGUUCUUUCCUUGCUUUGUGCAGGGCUUGCAGGACACCCCUUUGCAGACCAUGGCUUGACACAUCUGAAACUGGAUUCCCAUUGCUUAACCUAAUCACCGUGUGGUUUAUCCUGAUGCCCUAUUAAAUUCAUCCUUGCUAUGAAGGACCCUGACCGAGCCCUAAACAGCAUACAAGUGCUGAUACAGCCUGGAACUCCUCCCCCAUCCUCCAGGGAACCCAGUUGGCCAGUAAUGGGGUUUCAGUUAGGAAACUCCACAUCAGCCUUCUCAGAACCUGUUUGUGAUGUCUGCUAAGGUCCUGUUGAUGUUGACAGAGCAACAGAUCCUAAUGAAAUCUUCCCUGGGAGAUUAUGCUGGAGCUCAGGGCCCUGGCAGAGGGUGAUACCUGACACAUCCCAUCCUUCUCCUCCCCAGGCUGCAGUAGCAGAAGCCUGUCUGAUCUUGCUGUGUUGACUGGGUGUCCUUGUGUCGGGAGCAGGCUUGGGAGUGGAAGUGGCACAGCCUUGUCAAUAGUAUGGCAGUUUAACCUAUCCUUUCACUGUGGCCCAAAGCCACUGUACAUGCACAGCACUUCCUCACUGGGGUUUGCUUCCCCAAUAGGUACUAACAUUUCAGCUGGCAGCCCCAAUAGAUCACAUUCCCAGGAGCUUUUGCCACUUCCCCUAUGAAGCAGCUGUUUAGCAGGAAGGAGGUGAGGCCCUGACAGUAAGGGCAGAGCCAGCCAGCAGCCAGGUUUAGUGGGUGGUAAGGUGAUGUCUAGCAAGUCCAGGGUCUUGCUCCCUGGCCAGCAGCUGUUCCAUUGUGUUUGGGUCACUUUGUUAUAGUGUGAGAGUGAUCUAGACAGUCACUGACUCUGCUUUCCAGGCACCCUGCCACUUGGGUUGGUAAUGGCCCAAAACUGAUCCCUUGCUGACUGCUGUUUAGUGGGGUGAUUGGCUGUAGGCCUCUACACUAUCGACUUCACCAGCUGCAGUUUACUGAAUGAUGGAUAGCUCUCAGGAAUAAAGACUGAAGGUUUCCAGGGAAUGAGGGGGGUGAUGAGUAGUAGGGAGGGUCAUCCGUUAGGACGUGGGAGAUGUAUAUCAGCGGGCAAUGUUGGAUACACUUCGCUUGCCACUACUUUCUCACUUGGACCACAGAAUAUUUUUGGCAGCAUCUCAGGCUUGGGCAGUGUCAGGCCCAGUGGACAGGUGGUUAAGUGGGCAGCUCUGAGGUCAGCUGUGUCAGUUACUGAUGGAGUAAGUAAAAUGGGGUGUUAAAGGAUAGUUCCUCCAUCCAUAGGGAAAUUGCAAGGGUUCUCCAUGUUUGCUCUGAAAGCUUGGUUUCCAGAGCCCUCAGUUGUAAGUGGAUGGGUGGGGUGGAGCUGCAGAGGAGGGAGCACUUGUUCAUCCAGGGUGAGUAACUGAAUGCAGCCAUGCAGCUCAAACAUAUCACAAGUAAUAUGGUACUUGGUGGGUCUGGCUCUUCCAGCUCUGCUGUUCCUUGUACAUUUCUGCCAUUACCUAAAAUGUGUGUUGUUUCCCAUGACUUUCAGUGACAAUAAGGCCAUCAUAUUUUGCUCAAGAAGGCUACCCUCUUCCCCUGCUCUAUGAUUGGGCACUUAGGCAGGAACUGUGAGAGUGGGGGGCAGGGUCAUACAAUUGUUUGGACCCAAGAGCCGCAUAGGAAUUUUUGGUGAGCUGUUGAGGGCAGGUCAGCGCCCUCCCCACACAACAGCUCACCAAAACUCCCUAUGGGGCUUUGGGUGGGCAGGGAGCAGUGUUUUGUAGCAGGAGGGCUGGAUGAGGCUGAUCCACUCCCUGCCUGCCCUGCCCUGGGGGAGGGGGUGUGCCUGGGCACUAGGUUCCAGAGGCCAAUUGGGGGUGAGGGGACGCUCUACUCCCCUCAUCUCCAGUGGCAGCCUGUCCUCCUGCUGCUGCACCACUCCAGGCAGGCAAGGGGAGCAGAGCAGCACUGGGAACAACCCUAUGGAAGCUGUGUGCAUUAGUUGGGGCCUGGGCCAGCAGGCGGGCAUGCAGCGAGCUGCCCUGGCAGGAGCUGGCAGAGCACUGCAGGGGCAGCUGUGAGCCGUAUCCAGCCCACAGGCCAUAUUUUGCCCACCACUGGUAUAGAGAAAUGUAUAAUGCAGGUAAAACUGGGAGCACUGGGACAUAAAGGGACAGAGAGAGAACAGUGCUAGGAGGAUGAGGAGGGAAAAUUGGGAGUUGCUGGGGGAGGUGGAAUAUUGUAAGACAGCAGUUCCCAAACUGUGGGUCUUGACCCCAAAUGGGGUUGCAACAUCAGCAGAUGGGGUCAUGGGGGUGGGGAAGCUGUGGAUUGGGAGUGAGGGGCUGUGCUAAGGAAAUGGGGUCAUGUUAAGGAAAUAGGGCCAUAAAUGAGGCCAUGCUGAGGAUAAGUUUGGGAAGCAUUGGUGUAAAAUAUUGGCAUAAAAAGAGAGAGGGGAGACCUGUCUGGGAAAUCCCUGUGAGCUGGCUAGGGUUGGGGGUUUUGUGUGUGUGUGAGAAGGCGCCAUCUAGAGAGCCCGGGCAAGUUAGGGCAGGUCUCUGCUACUGUGGGUUUGUGGCAGGGACAAGGCAAGGAACACUGUGAAGAGAAUUAGUCACCAUUUAGCAUAUAGCUGGAUGCAACAGAGUACCCAGCUGGAGGAGACGGGCCAUGGUUCUGGCUAAUGAGUCACAUGGUGGGGGGAAGGGAUUAGAGGUGCUGGGACAUGGGCUGGAGGACACAGCUGCUUGAGGCAGCAGCUGUCUAUGAGACAUUGCACUGAAGAGAUCUACUGAUGUGCUGUGUGCAUUUGCUCAAACUAAACCUAGGGAAGUCAUGAACUUUCUGGGAUGGGAUGGAGGAGGACCCCUGUGUAAGGACAAGGCCCUGGUGUGUCUCUGGAUGGGGGGUACAUGGGAUCUGAAAAAUGGUAGAACUUGGUGUUCCUGUACAAGGAGACCUCUGGAAUCAACCCAAGGAUAGGGGCUCUUCACGGUUUCAGCAGAGGUGGGGGGCUCAGUACUCCUGAACUGAGGACCGAGAAGAGUCUGAACAAGAGAGUUGUGGCCUGCUGUCCUUAAGCUGUGUUGAUUCUCAGCGAACUUGGGUACCAAGCAGGUUUUCUGUAGAGGGCUUGGAGCCUGAUGUCCUUAUGCCAUGAGAUCUUAGCAGACGGAAGAAGUGGCUGAACAUGUGUGUUCUCAGUUUGGGGAUUGGAGUCUGGUACCAAUGGACUGGGACUGUAGGGAGGAGUCUUAAUGGAAGAAUUGGCACCUGGUGUCCCUGCACUGCUUAGGGUCUCAGCAGAGGGAGGGGAUAGAGGCUCAUGGCCCGAUCAAAGUGAUCAAGCCCUGGUACCUCUGUGCUGCUGGGGUCUUAGAAGAGGGGGAGUUUGUGUGGUACAGGAAGGGCUUUGACCUUUUGUUAAGGGAGUGCCCUGUGGCACGCAGUGUACUUAGUGCCAUGUCUCCUCAUAGGAUGCUGGUGGACUGUGUGCCCCUUGUGGAGGUUGAAGAUAUGAUGAUCAUGGGGAAGAA